AUGGCCAAAACAAGUCGGAGGUGGACGCCGUCAGAAGAUGAGAAACUGCGUCUUCUGGUUCAACGCUACGGUGACCAGCGAGGACACAAUAGCAAGUGGUAUGAAAUCUCCCAGGGUCUCCCGGGACGCACCAACAAGGACUGUCGCAAGCGGUGGUUUCACUCGCUAGAUCCCAGGCUGCGUAAAGGUCGAUGGACCGCGGACGAAGACCGGACUUUGGUGGCAGCCUACGAGCGCCUGGGCCCUGCCUGGAAGGAGAUCGCUCUGCUAAUUCCAGGUCGGAAGGAUGAUCAGUGCGCGAAACGAUACAAUGACAUUUUAUGUCCGUUGGCAAAGGCACGCCUGCGUGCGUGGACACCAGAAGAAGACCAGCUACUGCAGGAGAAGGUGGCCGAGCUGGGCCACGCCUGGUCUACCAUCUCGACGUUCCUUCAUGGACGGCCACCAUUAACGUGUCGCAACCGAUGGCGCAAGCUCUCCAGGUCAAUCGACUGCAUGAGCUCGUCGUCCUCUUCAUCAUCAAGCCCUGAGAGAGAGGAGUCAACACCCAUUUUGACCACAUCAUUCGAAGACGAGUCCUUGUUUACCGCAAUGACCACAGGAUGGGACUGGGAGUCCCCUAUACCAGACAUAAAUCCGAGUGAUCCCCUGAACCUGCACGGUUCGAUGGAUGUGCCGAUCAUGGACGAGUUCCCAUUAUCCGAUGCCAUGGCACUUCCUACACCAGAAGACUCUGUGCCGUCUCUGCUCCCUGAGAGUGUCGAAGCUGUACCAGGACCAUCGGGGGUAGUGUAUCACAUUCAUCAUCACCAUCACUACCACUUCAAUUCAUCUGUCUAA